AUGGCUGACGUCCACAUUUGUGAGGGUUAUUUUACAGAGGGUGCCAGUUUUGUGGAACGUUUUACAUGCCCCCAAGAUCCAAAAAGUCCGGAACUGGAGUACUGCUGUGGGUUUGAGGACAUGAAGUACUGCUGCAGUGAGCCUGGAAACUACUACCCAUACAAACAUGCCUACAUGUGGAGUCUGAGUGCUGGACUGCUGGUAGGACUCAGCAUAGCUGCUCUGGUUCUGCUGGCAUUCCUCACCAGUGUGCUGGUGCUCUGCGUCCUUUUCCUCCGCACCAAACCCCAGCAGGCCGACACUGGGCUCAAACUACACAGCCAUACCAGCAGCCAUAAACCAUCAGAUCCAAGAGAGUCAUCACUGAAAAGAGUGAGUAGAAGAGACAUAAACCAACCAACGCACAUGAACGCAGACAGCGUAAACACUCUUUCGGAUCUGACCGUAAUUUAA